CUCCAAUGUCUCCACUUCUUCGUUUCCUUAACCGUUCUGAACACGUCGACCGUUGCCGCAACUCUCGCAUGCGCACGCGCUCGCCCCCGCCGGCCACGGCCCCUUCCCACCCGUCACGCGUCGGAUCCACAGCGCGUGCGGUUUUCGUAUGCAACUUGCGCUUUCACGCCCCCGAAUAUGAAUAUUCUCGGCAGCAUCAUCGUCAGCAUUUCGGAUUGCACCGUGUCUGUCUCCUUAUUUAUUCUCCGUCUUCUCUUUCCUCAUCAUCCAUCCAUCCAACUUCUCUGCAGUCCACAAGAUCCUUCUUUUCUGAGUUGGGUAUCUCUGCUUUUCCGAGCCCAAGAUGUUCCGUCUGAGCAACAACCUGAUCGGCAUCCUCAACAUCUUCUCGUUCCUCCUGUCGGUCCCCGUCCUCGGGGCCGGCAUAUGGCUCGCCAACCGGGCCGACACCGACUGCGAGAAGUUCCUCGAGAAGCCGCUCAUCGCGCUCGGGGUGUUCCUCAUGGUGGUGUCCAUCGCGGGCCUCGUCGGCGCGUGCUGCCGCGUCUCGUGGCUCCUCUGGUUCUACCUCCUCGUCAUGUUCCUCCUCAUCCUCCUCCUCUUCGCCUUCACCGUCUUCGCCUUCGUCGUCACCAACAAGGGCGCCGGGGAGGUCGUGUCCGGUAGAGGGUACAAGGAGUACAAGCUCGGGGAUUACUCCGACUGGCUGCAGAAGCGGGUGAACAGCACCAAGAACUGGAACAAGAUCAAGAGCUGCUUGAUCGACAGCAAGGUCUGCGAGGCUUACGCCAAGAAGUAUGCUAAUGAUACUGUGGUGACCCAGUUUUACAACGAGCAACUGUCGGCUCUUCAAUCCGGGUGUUGCAAGCCGCCAGAUUCUUGCGGCUUCACCUAUGUGAGCCCGAUUGUCUGGAAUGCCAGUUCGACCUCGAACUACACCGACUCGGACUGCAGCGUGUGGAGCAGCGACUCAAGCGUGCUGUGCUACAACUGCCAGUCUUGCAAGGGCGGGCUGCUGGACAACCUCAAGAGGGACUGGAAGAAGGUCGCCAUCAUCAACAUCAUCAUCCUUGUUAUCCUCAUCAUCGUGUACUCAGUGGGGUGCUGCGCAUUCCGGAACAACCGAGACGACAAUGCCUUCUGGAAGGGGCGUGGGUACCCCUGAAGUAUGUAGUCAGCGUCGAGUAGCAGCGACAGUCUAGACGUGUAGUAGACUGUAUUUAAGAGUGAUUAGACGAUCCCGCGAUUUUAACUUGGGUCUGUGUAGUUCUGAAUUCGGGUCGAGAUGUAUGUAUGGUCUUGUAUAGCGUUGCAUUUUGUGGAUCUAUCUGAUCAUAUUAGGUUCAUCUAGUACGACUCUCUUUCGAUGUCCAUUCUAUAUGCUCCUAUUCAUCCGAUAUUUCAAGUCA